GGAGCUGUGAAUAAAAUGGGGCUUUAAGAAAGCCGGACGCGCCUCUGGUCUGUGACGUCACAACGAGACGUGGAAUAUAGAAUGUGUAAGUGUUCAGAAAUGAGCUGCUUGUUGUCUUGGAAACAGUUUGUUAUUCUACAGUUACUGGUUGCAUUAACCGUGAGUUUGGACGAAACGAAAAUUUACACAUGAAUUUCGACAUUAUUCAUAUUUCACAAUCAGGAACGAGUGAAUCUGAGUUGUACAGGGGUUUAUCAUCAGAGGGAAUUCGUGCUGCAGAAGUCAAGACUGGUGUUUUGCUGUACUUGAGUAGAAAAGGUCAGUGAGCUGGCCAACCUGGCUGUCCAAAUGGUUACUUGAACACUGGCCAUGGCUAUGCAACCACAGGUCUGCAGAACUAGCUGCAUGUAUCCAUGCUGCAGGCGGUUACGUAGUGCAUCACACAGGCGACGUCAUUCUGGCUGAGUGGGUGGAGGAGAACGUGCAGAUGAGUGACACCAUAUCUCAUGUUGUCCAAUGUGCUUUCACAAUUCUGGAAGUGGAAAAACUCUGAAGUAAAGAAUCUGGCGAUGAGCAACCUAUCAAAAUAGCAUUAUCAGCUGGGGGGUUCACCAAAAUUACACUAGGAGAUAAAUUUUGUGCUGUCAUUGGCCCGGCUGUGGAAGAGAUACGAUCGGUUCAGGCGCGGCUGCCGCAUAGCGACAUCAUUCUGUGCCCUGAAGCAUGGCGACACUGCGACAGACAAAAGCUUACUCUCAAAAAUAUUGAAAAUGAAGAAGCUGUCAAGGUGCGAUGCAGCACGGAACAGCAAAGUAUCUCAGUGGAUGACCUGCACCAUUACAGCACUGACAUUCAUAUGACGAAAAACCCAAUAACAUACCUAAUAACACAUGAGGACAGAGAAGCCUUCAUCCGUUGCUUUAUGAUUCAAACAGCCCAUAACAAGAUACAAGCAAAUCAGCAACGGGAAGCCCCCAAUCCUGGCCUGCCUAGAUUAUGGCCUACCACCAUCAUGUUUGUGUAUCUGCAAUUCGUGCUGACUCAGACGGAUCUGAGAUUCGGUCGUCAAGAAGUCAGCGAAACUAUUGCAGAGCAGAUGUUCAGGUGCCGUGGGAAAAUCUGCAAUGUCUUCUUUUUUGAAGAGGGCUGUAUAUUUGUGUGUGCCGUUGGCUUACCUGAGGAUAAGAGACAGGAUAAGACUGCUCAAGCAGUGCAGGCUGCCUUCCGGAUACAUGAGACAUGCCACCAACAAAUCGACAGUGUUUCGAGUAUCUCUAUAGGCGUAGCUACAGGAAGAGUCAAGUACAAGUUUGAGCAGAGCCCUUUGAGAGAAUGUUGCAGAGUGUAUGGAGAGAAAGUGCGUGGGGCUGCAGAGCUGUCGAGGAGUAACCCAGGGAUUGUGUCAUGUAAUGAGCCAACCAAACACUACUCCUUGCUGCCUCUUUCAACCUUUAGGCCUCAAAAGUGGGCUGUGCAAGUGUAUUAUUGUGGCGAUGUCAAUCAGAUGUUUGUUCUUGAACCUGGAUUGUCAUCUAGUGAGAUGGACAGCAGGCGAUUGGCUUUCGCUAACAAGCAGACAAUGCUGGAUGAAGAGUGGGAGGUGGUGAAAUGUGCCUCUGUUAUUGGACACUUCAACGAUAACAACUUCAACUUUGAGCUGCUGAAGAUCACGCUGCCUUGUAUGAAUGAACCGGAGCUCAUAAUCCACCUGAGAUCACUGUUUAGAGCGGGCGUCUUCAAGUGUGCCUCAGAGCCCAGGAACGUCUCAUCAACCAAGACCUGUUACUGCGAGAACAGCUGCGAAGACUUGUUACAAAACGUAUCGGGACUGGAGGCGGAUGCAGGUGCAGGUCAAAGUCUUUAUUAAUUAGCAGACAAACAAAACACAGGGAGCACGGUCUCUACUGACUAUACUUAAACUCAGGACAUCUAGCUACAACCGCUAGCAUGCUACACGUUAGCACAUACCGUCAUACUUCCUCGACAUGACAAAUGUAAACCAAAUAAUACUGCGCGAAUUGCGCAGUCACGGAGGAGUUUAAAUAGUCAACAUAAUCAAACCAAAACAUGGACACCUGGGGCAAAUCAGAGACAUGAUCAGACUUAAAUCAAUGUCCAAGCAGGAAGCAAAUGAAAACAAAAGAGUCAUGUGACCAGUCCGAAGCCGUGCCGCAGUGCCAUCUGCUGGCCGUGGCGUAACAGAACCCCCCUCCAAAGGGUGCUCCUCCCGGAGUACCAAGAACCCCCCUCCAACGGGGGUCCCGGGCCCCUGUGCGAGCUGUCUCUCGCUGCCACGGAAAGCGAGGCAGCCUCCGUCGGGCAGCAGACGGGCGGAGCAGCACCCCCACCGGGGUUGAAAGUCGGAGCUCCGCCCCCGGCGGCGCUGGAACGCUGGGCGCCGCCCCCGGCGGCUCUGGAGGGCUGGGCGGCCUCCUCGGCCGGGC